GGCUGUGGAGGAGUUCCUGAAUGAGGUGCAUCGCAGGGAGCAGCCUCACAGCGCGGGGCUCGUCUCCCGACCCACAGCCGUCAAGUUUCUUAUGGCUCGGAAGUUUGACGUCCGGCGUGCCAUCGACCUCCUCCAAGCAUAUAAGCUACUCUGGGGUAGGCUGCCAAUUCGUGCCUAUGGUGUCUCCAACCUCGCCGCCUCACAUUCAUACACCAGUGUGGGCAGCACUGGGAAAGCACUCCCCUUGCCCCAGGGUCACAACAACAGUGACUGAGGAUUGAACUGCCAACCUUCUAGUUUCUGGACAACCUCCUGAGCCACUGCCACCCACUUCUUGGAAAACACAAGACUCAAAGAGGGGAUCAUCAAUAUCAAUCCUGACGAGGAGCCCCUCCGCUCUGAGCUGCUCAGUGGCAAAUUCACAGUCCUGCCUGGGCGUGACGCAAAUGGUGCCGCGCUGGCGCUCUUCACAGCUCGUCUCCAUCGGCCAGACAUAACAACACACAAAGCAGUGCUCCAGGCCAUCAUCUAUCAGCUGGAUAAAGCCAUAGAGAGUGUUCAAACCCAGAGAGAUGGACUCAUAUUUAUCUAUGACAUGACCAACUCCAGCUAUGGGAAUUUUGACUAUGAUCUCUGUGUCAAGAUCCUCAAUUUGCUCAAGGGGGCGUUUCCUGCUCGUCUAAAAUGCGUCUUCAUUGUGUCGUCGCCUCUUUGGUUCCGAGCACCUUUUGCGGUUCUCCGCCUCUUUGUUCGUGAAAAAUUGAGAGAACGGGUGUGCACAGUGAAGGCUCAAGAGCUGGCCAGUCACAUCCCAGUCUCCUCUCUCCCUGAACACCUUAGUGGGACAUCCCAGUAUAGCCAUGUGGCCUGGAUCCAGUCCUGUGUCAACGCUAACACUGUUGAGGGUGACACACAAGUACAUGAUGCCCAUGACUGCGUGGGAAGCCUUCUGCGCUCUUACAGCCUGGAGUGUGGUGACCCAAGCAUCGGUGCUAAACUGUCACACACCCAUUUAAAUACCCAGCUGGGCUUAGGGCUCGCUGCAGGUAACUCGAAUUGCUACGACGAUAACAAUGCUAACCCUCACAACCACUGCAGUUUGGAGGAGGGCAGGACUCAAGGACAUCCUCAGCAAAGCCUGCAUUCUGCUGCUACCAGGCUACAGGGGAGCCACCAACACUGGAAUGGGUCAGCUGUGAGCGGAACCAACAUGAGUCCUAAUUCUAACAUGAAUGGUCGUGGCCACCAAGCACCCCCCCAGUCAGACACGCCCCCUGACACUCCCCUCUCUCACAAAGGCGGCGAUGAUGCAGCAAGUGGGAAAACAACAGACUCUGAACAUAGACAUCUGAAUGAGGAUAUUAAAGAGGCCGAUGAAGUGGAAGAGGAAGGAGUGCCGCCGUUGCCCCAAAAAUCUUUGCCUCGACCGCCCCACCAGCCCGCCUCACAGUCGCCACCCUUGUCCUCGUCAUGGGGUCCAGAAGAUGAGGAUUGCUGCAUGGAGGAGUCCAUUCACGUGCCGGAACAGGGAGGAAUGACGGUGCGUGAGCUGGUGGAGCACAUAAAGAAGAGUAAGAAGAAAGGGAUCUAUCAGGAAUAUGAAGAGAUUCGCAAGGAGCCACCAGCAGGCACCUUUGACUACUCCAAGAAACUGUCCAAUCAGCUCAAGAACCGCUAUAGCGAUGUUCUCUGUCUGGACCAGUCCAGAGUGCGACUUUGCCAGUUCUGUGAUGACGAGGACGAGACAUCAGAUUACAUCAAUGCCAGUUUCAUGGACGGCUAUAAGAGGAGAAAGGCAUACAUCGCUACUCAGGGUCCUUUGCCCAAAACGUUUGGGGACUUUUGGCGCAUGGUGUGGGAGCAGAUGGUACUUAUCAUUGUAAUGACAACCAGAGUGGUGGAGCGCGGGCGUGUUAAGUGCGGCCAGUAUUGGCCGCUGGAGGAAGGCAGAACAGAGCAGCACGGGUGUUUCCUGGUCAGGAACACCCACAUCCAGGUGUUCCAGGACUUCAAACUCUCCCAUUUGGAACUCUAUAAUACUCAGUCUGGGGAGAGACGAGACGUCUGCCACUACCUCUAUGUCAGCUGGCCAGACUUUGGGGUGCCCAAAAGUGCGUCUGCCAUGUUAGAUUUUCGCGAACAUGUACUUCAGAGGCAGGAGGCCGCCGUCCAGAGCCUGGGUUCCGGUUGGACAGGGUCUCCAGGAGGCCCUCCUGUGGUGGUACACUGCAGUGCUGGCAUCGGCCGGACAGGCACCUUCUGCACACUGGACAUUUGCCUGUCCCGGCUGGAGGACAUUGGCACAGUAGACGUCCGUCAGACUGUCCGGCGCAUGCGGACACAGAGGGCUUUCAGCAUCCAGACCUGGGACCAAUACUAUUUCUGCUACACCGCUGUCAUAGAGUACGCCAUGCGCCGUGGCAAGCUGAGCCCUGUGCAGUGGUCCGACUCGGACAUAGAAACAGACAGCGAGUGAGUGACACGUACGAAUGGAAUAGCCCAACUUAAGCCAUUGUCAUAGGAUGGAGUAGAAAGGGGCCAUCCGAGAGGAGAGAUGCUCCGAUACAUGUUCAUCCCUCACGUGAAAACACACACACACACACACACACACACACACAGAGGGAGAGACAAAGUGCUUUCUGUAAAUGAAAAUACAGGAAGUGGAGAGUGCGAGCUGCGUCUAUGAACAAGUCCUGCCAAUUUCAGGGUAAAACCGCAGGGGAGCUCGGCUGCCUUGCACUUGUCUUGUUGACAAGAAUCUUGUAGCAUUUUUCUAUUGACUUUCACAUGAGGAAUGGCAAACUUGAACCCACCAAAACCCUCAUCCACGUUCCUCUUUAUAUACUUUCCUCCAUUGUCUUUUGAGAGGGAGUGCUUCUGCAUCAGACAUGGUGUCACAGAUCUUCUGGAUUUUAUUUAUUUUAUUUUUUUUGUCAUAUCUUUUUCAUAUUGUGUGUGUAUGUACAAUAGACUUUUCAAAGCCAAAGUCAUCACCUAGAAUGCUUGGAUGUAGUCCUAAGAUAUAGACUGAAACCAUGUAUAUUCUUGUAACAUACAGUUCAUUUAUACAUCAUUGUGCAUAAUAACCUCUUGUGCAAAAAUGCCUUGUUUUAAUAUACUUGUUUUAAAGCUGGACAGGAAAAUAUAUGUUGCGAGCCAGGCUAUAAGAAAAAGAAUUGUAUUAAAAGUGAUCUCAUGCCAAUUCUUGACAUUUUUAUUCUAAUUGGAUAAUUUCAAGUGAUUAGGCCUUAAAUUACAAAGCUGUCAACUGUUCUGUGUAUCUCCUCUUAUUCCGUAACGCUUUUCAGUAUUACUCCCUUGAGGCAUAUUUUGCCUCAAAUAAUUGUGCCUUCAAGUUCUCUUAUUUUGUUUAAUGUCACAGUGCAGCAGAUAUAGUAAUAACAACCAAGCUUGUGCAUGCUGACAAUGGGUCACACAGGACACAGUGCAAACUUUUUGCCUUCAAUGCUGCCACUGAGUGGUUUAUCAUUUGACCUCAGGGUGCAAUUUUUUUUUUUUUAAAGAUGUGUCACAGCACUGUGCAUCUAAAUUAUCAUAAACCUUACAUCUUUAUUUUGUAUUUUUCCACUGUAUUUUUUCAUGGUGUAAUAUUUGUCUUUGUAAAAUAAAUAAGUCAUUGAAUGUUGGUACGAACCAUAACAGAAUCAUGUGAUAAGCUGAACAAAUCAAAUAGGAAUUGGUCUAUAUCUAUAUUUUUGUUGUUCAACAGUGGCAUAUGUUGGAGAGUAUCCCCUAUCAUAGUAUUUUCACAAAUGACUUGUAUAAAUGAUUGCUUGGGAGUACUUUUAGAGAAUUUGUUAAGUCUUACAGUCUGGCCAAGGAAAGAGCUGCUGUGAUGCUUGAUAGUUUGUUUGCAUGGACAGAGCCUUGAAUGUUUUAAAGGGGACUACUAUUUGGUUCAUAUUUGUGUAUUUGUACCUCUCUAAUGCCAAAGCCCCAGGGUCACCUUCAAUGUAUCCUCAGCAUGGACCUACCAGUGCAGCCUCACAUCCACACAUGUAGGAGGAGCACCUCGAGGAUGUUCUAAUAACAAAGGUCAUGCUAUAGAGCUCCAUUUUUCAUUUGUUGUAUGAGAAGCGCAUAAAAACAAGAUCAUUUGUCAUCUGUGUUGUUUUUAAUGUUACCAUGUACUGUAUGUUCUUGUGAUUGAAUGAUGGCCUUUUUACACACUGUAUGCCUGGCUGGCCCAUUAAAGCAAUGCUAUCA